CAAAUUCGUAACUGCUUAGUUUGCUUUAAAGUCCGUCCUCAUAAAAGUGUAUUUCCGAAAAUGGGCGAAUUGCCUUCGAAUAGAGUAACACCAUCGCGUAUAUUUUCGUCAGUAUUCGUAGAUUAUGCCGGGCCUUUUGAAAUAAAGGCGAGUAAAACGAAGACAAACAAAAUUAUUAAGGCAUAUAUAUGCAUUUUUGUCUGUUCAGCCGUUAAGGCGGUCCACAUUGAAGUAAUUUCUGACUUAACUAGUAAUGGUUUUUUGAGCGUUUUAAAGCGUUUUGUAUCAAGAAGAGGCAUUUGCGAUAAUAUUUAUUCAGACAACGCUACCAAUUUCGUGGGAGCAAACAAUGAACUAGUAGCCAUUCGAAAAUUGGUGGAAUCGAGCUCUUUCAAAGAUUAUCUUGGGUUUUUUAAAAUCACAUGGCAUUUUCUGCCACCUCGAUCACCUCAUUUUGGAGGUUUGCAUGAAGCUGCAGUAAAAUCGUGCAAACAUCAUAUAAAGCGUGUAUUGGGCGGCAUACAUUUAGAUUACGAGGAAUUUUAUAUAUUUGCGAUACAAAUCGAGGCAAUUCUAAAUUCCCGUCCCCUAACUCCUAUCUCUUCCGAUCCCUGCGACCUUGAAGCACUGACACCUGGGCAUUUCCUAAUCGGACAACAGUUAACAGCCAUUCCUGAAAGGGACCUCAAGGCCGACAAGCAUUUCUGGGCUCGCUGGAGCAAAGAAUAUCUACACUUGCUUCAAGUAAGGACCAAAUGGAAUGUAGAGGACGCCAAUCCAAACAUUCAUGUUGGUUCCAUGGUUAUUCUGAAGGAAGAAAACGUUCCCAGUACGUGCUGGCCUCUGGGACGAGUUGUCAUUACUCACCCUGGCAAGGAUGGAAUCAUAAGGGUUGUAACUGUACGGACCAAGAGUGGGACCCUAAAGCGUGCUGUCAACAAAUUGGCUCUACUCCCUAUCGAAUCAGAGGUGCGGCCAGUAGAGACAGACGAGUGACGACAGCGUGUUUUGAACUUUAUUGGUUUCUUAAAGAACCGUAGUGUUUAAUAUUAACAUAUAUAUAUAUAUAUAUAUAAUUUUAUUUUUCGGUACUUUAAGAUUAGUUAGUUGCGUACCUAUUUCUAUCUUUAUAUUAAGAAAUAUCUUGUUAGUUUGACAAUAUUGUCUUUAAGAAUUUGUAUUAUAUUGAAAGCCUAGUCUUUCAAGAGGGGCGGUUUAUGUUAAGCGUUAUUCAUAUAAUUACGUAUUUAUUUUUGUAUUCGGCAACAACGCCAUAAUCCGACUGGGCAAGAGGCCGAGAGACCGAAUUAUUAUGUGACGAUCGGCGGCAGGGGAUUCACGGCGCUCGCGGC